ACAAAGCGCCAACGUGAAUGCUUCGGAGAGGCUUCCAAAGAAGUGACAACUCGCGUGGGAGUUCCCACCCUUAAUCUCCCAGCCGGUGCCCUCCGUCCUGCCACCCAAAGCCAAUUUCCCCUGCCCCGGAUCGCGCCGCAGUUUCGAUUUCCUCGCCAGGCACGCCUUCCCCCUCUCUUACGUUUGCAAAGUCCAGCCGCCCCGAAAGCAGCCCGGAGAGGACCAAAACCGCGCGUCGUUCUGGAGCACUUGCCCAUUUUUCCCUUAGGCGAUCGGAGGCGAGGAAGGAUCCUGCAGUCAUGCCCUCCGCGCGGAAGAGACGCCCCCGCGGAGCCCCUAGUAGUAGUUCCCCGGCAGGCUCGGUUCCCAAACCCGCGCCCCGGAGGCCUGGAGAGCAAGUGGCCGAAAAAAAGAUGCGCAAGCGGCGAUCCCAAGACAGCGAUGGGUUGGAUUCCUCUGCCGCCGUCUCUUCCCCGCCACUCCGAGCCCCGUUGCUCUUGUUCCCAAUGGCGGGGUACCCCCGCAGCAUCUUCAAAGAGGAUCCUGAAGCCAUUUGCCAGAUCAGCUGUAAGCAAAGUUACUUAGCCAUGGCGCAGGCAUCUAAAACCGUCCUCCUUUUCGGCUGGGCUCAAGACCAACCGCAUCAGCCCCUCGUGGAAAGUCGCAGACCCAUCUACUUAAAAGAGAAGAUAAAUUCACUGGAUUGUGAAGCAUCUCACCUGCUUAUUCUCUCAUCAAAUGGAAAACUUUCAGAGUAUGAUAUCACAACCAAAACCCCACAAAUAAGACUACUGAAAGAAUUAGGAAACAAACAAAUUGUUCAGAUUGCAUGUGGUGACCAUCAUUCCUUGGCUCUUUCAAAAGGAGGAGAACUCUUUGCCUGGGGUGAGAAUGAACACGGCCAGCUUGGAAUGGGAAAGGUGAUGGGUCACAUUAAGGAACCACAGCUGGUACAAGCAUUGGAAGGCAUUCCUAUGGUUAACAUUGCAGCUGGAUCUGCUCACAGCUUGGUCGUCUCUAUCUUUGGGACUGUUUACUCUUGGGGAAAGAAUACGUAUGGACAACUUGGCCUUGGAGACACAGAAGACAGAUACAUUCCUGCCAACGUGAAGGCAUUGGAGCUUAAGAAGACAGUUUUUAUUUCAUGUGGUGGCGAGCACACUGCAGUUCUCUCAAAGGAUGGAUUAGUCUCCACCUUUGGAUCUGGUUGCUACGGUCAGCUUGGCCACAAUUCUACCUGCAACGAGCUGUUUCCACGUCUUGUGGCAGAGCUGUUUGGUGCAGAGGUGACCCAGGUAGCAUGCGGGAGAUGGCACACUUUGGUUUAUGCCCCGGCUCUUGGGGAAGUAUAUUCAUUUGGCUAUGGAGCAGCAGGGCAACUUGGAGAAGGAAGAACAAGUGACCAGCUGGUUCCUCUUCCGCUUAAUCUGGCUAUUCAUAAUAAACACAUGAAGUACAGAAGUAGCUUGGACAAGGUAGUUAAAAUCAUUGCCGGAAACAACCAAAGUAUUGUGCUUCACCUGGAAGAAAAGAAUGCAUACACUAAAGUAACGCAAACACUGGCCACAGUGGAGGAGGAAAAGGUUGCUAAGUGGUUGUCCAAUUCGGAUCCCAGCUGCUGGAAUAAUAUAAAAUGGAAUAUUAACUUGAUCUUCUCAUCGGCAGCUUGCAUCAAUGGCAGCUUUCUAGAACAGAGAGAGGAAAAAUUCAGAACAUUUGAGGAGACUGUUGGUGUUGAUAUGUCAGCUGUUCUUCUUUUCUUUAAGAAGAUUGACGCUAAGCCUAAAAUCUUCACAAAGGUGAAAAAGGCUCUGAAGAGCCUUCUAUGUGGUCCCCUUUACUCUCCAACCUCGCCAGAAGCACUCAGGUUCUUCCUCAUUGUGCCCGUACUUUUACAAAAUCAAGAUUUGGAUUUGGAUCUCCUUAAUCAAUUGGCAGAAGCAAUCUGGAGACUCCCACAGAAAGGCAAGCAAGCACUUGAAACUCUAUGGUCCAAUUUAGAAGUGUGCUUCUUUAAGGAUCUGGUGUCCAUGUUUCGAAGGCUUAUUGGUAGUAACAUAUCGUCGUACUGUUUCAACAAAGGUGGAUCUCCUAUACCUCUUUGGGUCUCCCAAAUGCUUUAUGAGGUAAAUUGCAGGUCUGGCUUCAAAAUUCAGGAAGGUAAUUUUCAUGUACCUGAAGUAAAGAAAAUAAUUUUAAAUUGGAAUACCUUCCCAAUCGUUUACGAUUGGGCUUUAUCCGUGUUCAGCCAUUUUCCUUGGAUCUUGAAUCUUGAAGAUAAAAUUGUGGUGCAUAAAUCAAAAUGCAUGGUGUUGAACCUGGAAUACAGUUUGAAAUACAAUACACCCUCGACAAUGAAUGUAAGGAAGCAGUAUUUACUACAGGAUACCUGGCACUAUCUAAGAAAUGUAGAAGAAAUUCACUUUCAUCAAUUUUUUCAAGUGUAUUUUCAAGGAGAACCUGACAUCAAGUAUGGAGGGCUGAUCCAGGAGUUCUUCACAAUCAUCAGCAGACAACUAUGUGAUCCAGAAGCAGGAGUAUUUAAGCACUAUGACAAAUCACACCGUAUUUGGUUCUCUCAUGAGGUAUCAACACAGGAAGACAUAUAUUUUUUAAUUGGGAACCUGUUUGGAAUAGCGCUCCAAAAUCUGAAGAUAAUUGCUUUACCUUUCCCUCUUGCAUUGUUCAAGAAAUUGGCAAAUAUGGUGCCAACACUGGAAGAUUUAAAAGAACUCUCUCCUACAGUUGUACGUAAUCUUCAGAAUUUACUGGAUGAACGCAGUGAUGACAACAUUAAAGGCUGGAUGUUGGAUUUCACGGUAGUAGAAGAGUGUAAAGGAUCCAUAAUUGAUGUUGAGUUGAAAGAAAAUGGUGCCAACAUACCUGUUACUUUAUACAACAGAAAAGAAUACGUUGAUGCUUAUGUGAAUUACACAUUUAAUGAUUCGGUGAAGAAGCAGUUUGAGGACUUCCAGCGUGGAUUUCAAAGAGGUUGCCCAAGUACAACAUGGAAAAUGUUUCUUCCUGUUGAGCUCCGCAGUAUCCUGUUUGGACAUACCACAUACAACUGGGACCAAUUAGAAAAGAACGCCAAAUAUGAAGGUUUUGAAGAAUCAGAUGAAAUGAUCAAGAAUUUUUGGACAGUAUUUCAUGGCUUUCCUGAAGAAAGCAAGAAAGAUUUUCUUGUUUUUCUCACAGGAACUGCUCACAUUCCAGGAGAAGGGAUGGACUCAAUAACUAUUGUUGCCGUAUAUAAAGCAAAUCCAGACCAGGAGUUGCCAACAAUUCACAGUUGCAGUAAACGUUUGUAUCUCCCGAGAUACACUGAUAAACACAUUCUUAAAAAAAACUUAUUGCAUUCUAUAGAGAACUUUAGGGACAUUGGCCUGGCCUGAAAGCUAGAUGUGGUCUUCAUUCUGCUAUGAUAGUAGGACAUUUGGUUCUUAUGCCCAGGAGGGCUAGAAUAUUUAAAUUCAGCAUCCCACCUCACCAUGCAGUUUUCCUGAGCGAUCUUGAACGAGUGCGUCGGCUGGAUGGUAAAAGAGCAAGGAGCCUUUGUGCAGACCAGUGAUUCUUGAAGAAAGUAAAUAAAGAGUUAUGUAACCCUGA